UUCGAUACUUCUCUCAGACUAAACAUAUCUUUAUAACACUAAGUUUACUUCCACCAUUACUUUUUCUUCCUUUCAAAAACUUCAAAGUCUUGACCUUUUGUUUCUGGGUAGAGAGGAAAUUAAGAUUCAAUUUGAUAACAAAGAGAGAUAGAUUCUUGAGAGGGGUUUAGGGUUUAAGGUGGGUGGUUUUGUGAUGCGUACAGGGGCUUAUACCGUGCACCAGACACUAACACCAGAGGCUGCUUCAGUUUUGAAGCAAUCUCUAACCUUAGCAAGAAGGAGAGGCCAUUCUCAAGUCACUCCUCUUCACGUUGCUUCGACACUUUUAACUUCGUCAAGAUCCAAUCUUUUUCGAAGAGCAUGUCUCAAAUCCAAUCCUUUCACUGCCCUCGGUCGCCAAAUGGCUCACCCUUCUCUCCAUUGUCGAGCUCUCGAGCUCUGUUUCAAUGUUGCUCUCAACAGGCUUCCGACCAACCCAAAUCCUCUGUUUCAGACUCAGCCUUCACUCUCCAACGCUCUCGUCGCGGCUCUGAAGAGAGCGCAGGCGCAUCAGAGGAGAGGGUGUGUGGAGCAGCAGCAGAGUCAGCAGAACCAACCAUUCUUGGCGGUUAAAGUCGAGCUCGAGCAGCUUGUCGUGUCGAUUCUUGAUGAUCCUAGUGUGAGUAGAGUGAUGAGAGAAGCUGGACUCUCUAGUGUUUCUGUGAAGAGUAACAUAGAGGAUGAUUCCUCUGUUGUUUCCCCUGUUUUCUACGGCUCUUCUUCUUCUGUUGGUGUCUUCUCUUCUCCUUGCUCUCCUUCUUCUAGUGAAAACAAUCAAGGAGGAGGGACUUUAAGCCCUAAUCCUAGUAAGAUGUGGCAUGCGCAUCUGACCAAUCACCACUCUUUUGAGCAAAACCCUUUCUUUCAUUUCCCUAAAGGAAAGACCUUUACUCCAGAUCAAGCCUUUCCCGUGAGAGAAGACGCAAACCCGGUUAUCGAAGUGCUUCUAGGAAAGAAGAACAACAAGAAGAGGAACACUGUCAUAGUUGGAGACUCUGUUUCUCUAACGGAAGGAGUGGUUGCAAAACUCAUGGGUAGAAUUGAGAGAGGAGAAGUUCCAGAUGAUUUAAAACAAACCCAUUUCAUCAAGUUUCAGUUUUCACAAGUUGGCUUGAAUUUCAUGAAGAAGGAGGAUAUAGAGGGACAAGUUAGGGAAUUAAAGAGGAAGAUUGAUUCUUUCACAUCUUGGGGUGGCAAAGGUGUGAUUGUUUGUCUUGGAGAUCUUGAUUGGGCAGUUUGGGGAGGCGGUAACAGCGCAUCUUCUUCGAUUUACAGUGCGGCGGAUCAUCUAGUGGAAGAGAUAGGGAAAUUGGUUUAUGAUUAUAGCAAAUUAGGGGCCAAAGUUUGGCUCCUAGGGACAGCUUCUUACCAAACAUACAUGAGAUGUCAAAUGAAGCAACCUCCACUUGAUGUUCAAUGGGCUCUUCAAGCUGUUUCAAUUCCUUCAGGAGGACUUUCACUAACCCUUCAUGCUUCCAGUGGUCACAGUUCUGAGAUGGCUUCUCAAGUGAUGGAGAUGAAGCCAUUUAGAGUUAAGGAAGAAGAAGAAGGAGCACGAGAAGAAGAGGAAGAAGAUAAACUCAAUUUCUGUGGAGAAUGUGCUUUUAAUUAUGAAAAAGAAGCAAAAGCUUUUAUAUCAACUCAACAUAAAAUCUUACCGCCUUGGCUGCAACCUCAUGGAGACAACAACAACAUUAACCAAAAGGAUGAAUUGAGUGGACUGAGGAAGAAAUGGAACCGGUUUUGUCAAGCUCUUCACCACAAGAAACCUGGUAUGACUGCUCAAGGCUACGGUUGGAGGGCGGAACAGAGCAGCUCUGCUUUACCGGGUUCUUUUGUGGACUCAAGUCUGAAGCAAAACUCGCGUGCAUCUAGUUCGGUUGCGAAAUUUAGACGACAAAACUCGUGUACUAUCGAGUUUAGUUUUGGGAGUAAUCAUCAAGAAGGUCUAAAGAAAACCGAUGAAUUGAGUUUGGAUGGAUUCAAGAGUAACAAUGAUGAAGGUGUAGAAACCAAGAUCACUCUUGCACUUGGUCAUUCUCCAUUUCCAUCUGAUUCAGAGAACUCGGAUGAAGAAGAGCCAGAGAGAGUGAUUAAAAUGAGUGAAUUAUUGGAAAAGCUUCACGAGAACAUUCCAUGGCAAAAGGAAGUUCUUCCUUCAAUCGUUGAAGCCGUGGAAGAAUCUGUCAAGAGGAGUAAAAGGAAAGAUGCAUGGAUGCUGGUUUCGGGGAACGAUGUGACUGCGAAAAGAAGAUUGGCUAUCACAAUGACAACUUCUCUUUUCGGGUCACACGAAAAUAUGUUGAAGAUCAAUCUGAGAACAUCCAAGGCAAGUGAAGCAUGUGAGGAGCUCGAGAAUGCGUUCAAGAAGGGGGAAGAGGUUGUUAUUUUGAUAGAGCGAGUUGACUUAGCCGAUGCCCAGUUCAUGAAACUCCUCGUAGAUCGAUUUAAGGCGGGAAAGUCUGCAGAUUUGGAUAGUUUUCAAGGAAAGAAGAGCCAAAUCAUCUUCCUUUUGACCAGAGAAGAUGAUGAAUGUGUAGAGAAUGACCACUUUGUAAUACCAAUGGUGUUGAAGUGUAGCAAAUCGGGUUCUGGUUUGGUCAAUCACAAGAGGAAACCGGAAUUUGAUGCUGCACCAACGAUGAUUAAGAAGAAGAAUCCAAGAAUCGAAGACGAGGAUGACGAAAGCAAUGUCGCUUGCGACAUAAGCAACAUUAAGAAAGAGUUCUCAAGACAGUUGAAAUUCGAAUCCAAUGCUCUUGACCUCAACUUAAGAGUUGAUGUCGACGACGACGAAGAACAAGAGGCUAAACCAGCCACUCAAAUCACAAGCGGGUUUGAAGAACGUUUUCUAGACUCAAUCCAAAACCGGUUUGAUUUCACAGUUUUGUCAAACGAAGAUAUAACUAAAUUCUUCGUGACGAAGAUCAAAGAUUCAUGCGAGGAGAUCCUGGGGCAACGAGAAGAGAGAUUCGGGUUUACCGUCGACGCGGAACUGAUAGAGAAGUUUUACAGAGGGUUUGGUUUUUUUGCUAACGGGUUGUUUGAAGAGUGGGUUAAAGAGGGCUUCUUCGACUACAAGACUGAAACGAACAUGAAAUCGGCGCUAACGGAGAAGAGAGAAAGUGGUGGGUUUAAGAACAUGCCUAAAGAGGAGAGUUCGAAAGUCACUCGAAGAAGCACUAGGUCAUCAGCUUCUGUAACUGUUGAGAAUCCAGAACCUAUUGAAUCCCACCCACCAACCAUUGAUGAUCUCACAUUUGGGGAAGAAUCAAUCACUUUGGAUGCUGUUUUAUCUGAUUUUCCAGGCAGACGCUCUCAGAUUUUCGACUUUAUUCGACUUAUGGGCCCGUUGGAUUGCCCUACUCUCCCAAUAAUGAUCUAUGGAGGCGCUUCUACUGGAAAAACCAGUGUUGUUCUUCAGGUGCUCAGGCAUCUCAAUCGCCCCUUUGUUUAUUCAAGCUGUCAUACAUGUUACAAUCCGCGUAUCUUGUUUGAGUCGAUCCUGAAUCAGUUGUUGCUACAUAGGAAAUGUUCUUCAAACGGGUACUCUAGUGCGAAACGAUGUGACAAGCCAUCUGAUUUUGUCAACUUGCUUCGUGAAGCCCUUAGUAAUGUGAUAAAGACUCUCGAGUCUGCUUCCGGAACCUCAAGUCUAAAUAAGCCAGAUGAAAAACCCAUGGGGAAGAUGGUGUACUUAAUACUUGAUAAUGUGGAUCUUAUCAGAGACUGGGACAAAGGCUCUAUGAUUUUGCAGUUUCUUUUCAGUUUGGAUUCUGUUUUGAAGAUGCCUCAACUUGGUAUAGUACUUAUCAGCGGAUUGCCACCAGAUGUGUAUUACUCAAACAUGGGAUACACAGACCCUAUACCUCUUUUUUUCCCUGCGUAUUCUGAAGAGGAUCUUCGUCAAAUUUUCUUGAGAAAUCAAGCUAACCCAAAACUGUACUCUGCAUUUCUCGACGCCGUGUUGCGAUCAUUCUGUAGAGUCACCAGGAGAGUUGAGGAACUUUCCACUACCUUCUCGUCAUUGUUCAGAAAGUAUUGCGAACCUCUUGAUGAUUUAGGGAUUUCACCCAAUGAAGACAUGAAGAGAAGGCUGUAUAGCUAUCUUAAACCGUUUAUAGCUCCUUGUUUAAAUGAUAUAUUCAGGGUCUCCAGUCACCCUCAUGAUGGUGACACCAGAGGCGAGAGAAGGCAGAAAGUCAGCUACAGUUCUGAAAACCGUGAAGAACUUAAAAUAUUGGACUUCCAUGUGUCUACUUCAGCAAAGUAUCUUCUUAUUGCGGCAUUUCUCGCUUCGAGAAACCCAGCAACGCUAGACGCGUCGAUGUUUGACUCCACAGGAGGCAUGGAUAAUCGUAAAAGAAAGCGGAAGGCCUCUGAGAAAUCAAUGGAAAAGAAGGAAAUCGCAGAACAGGAAGCAGUCAUGAAAGGACCUGGAAGCUUUCCACUGGAAAGACUAUUGGCAAUAUUCCAAUGUAUUGCCUCAGUUGGAGAUUCUUCAUUUGGCGAAGAGAACGAAGGAGAAGAAGAAGAAGACGCAACGGGUUACGACAGAGAGAAUAACAAUCUGAUGUCUGAUAUUCUGCUGCAAGUGUCAAGUCUUUGUGAUGCAAACUUUUUAAUCAAAAGCGGAAGCUGCCCAUUAGAAGGUUCUAUUAGGUACCGUUCUAUGGUCUCUGAAGACCUGGCUCUGAAGGUUGCGAAAAGCCUCAGCUUUCCACUAGCCAAAUACUUGUACAGAAGAUAAGGAAAUGUGAAAUUCAAAUGUUUUGGGAGCAAGAAACUAACGAUUUCCUCCUGUGACUUGUGAUUUUGCCCCUCUCCUGGUGGUGACAUUGGUCAAUUUUCAUUGAGAUCUUUAUUUUCUCGUCUGAGUUUUGUUCAUUGUAUAUAAUUUGUUGGAUUGUUUAAUAAAAGAUUGUUAUUCUU